AUGGCCACUGUAGCUGGCAACGGCUCCAUUACCUUGACCUCUGAGGGUGCUGUGUCAAUUUCGUACAAUACCCUCGUUUCUUCUCCGCUUUCGCUUGCCGACUCCAUCGAAAGGGCAUUCGGCUCGCAUCCGGAUAGCUUGGGUAUCGUCAUCGUUCGCGACCUGCCUUCCACGUAUACUCCGGCUCGAGAACGGCUUCUCCGACUUGCAUAUCGCUUUGCAAACCUAGAACCGAGCAUCAGGGAACGUUAUGCGGACCCAAAGAGUCGAUACAGCUUCGGAUGGUCUCAUGGCAAGGAAAUCAUGAAUGGCAAACCAGAUACUAUGAAGGGCUCUUACUAUGCCAAUCCGGUGUUGGAUGAGCCCAAUGUCUCCGCCGAACUGCGUCAGGCAUACCCCGAAUACUACGGCAAGAACAUAUGGCCAACGGAUACGCCGGAAGUCUCGGAAUUUGAACAGGCAUUCAAGGAUCUCGGAGGUUUCGUCUUCAAGGUCGGAUGUCAGCUCGCAGUCGCCUGCCAGCCCUUCGCCUCGUCAUACUUGUCGGACUCCUCGCUCUCUUUGUCAGACUUGAUCAGCUCCUCGCAAACCGUUAAAGCGCGGCUGUUACACUACUUCCCUCCCUCGCCCGAGAAUCCUCUUCCGGCAGAAGACGAGGCUAUUGACAGCUGGUGUGGCUUCCACCUCGACCAUUCCCUGCUCACAGGUUUAUGCUCCGCCUUGUAUCUCCGCAAAGACCCGUCGGGGGAGCCCGCCAUCGUUCAAUCCCCUUCGCCCACGUCCGGGCUCUACAUUCGUACUCGCGGCGGUGCCCUCACCAAGGUCUCUAUUCCCGCCGACUGUCUCGCCUUCCAGACUGGGGAGGCCCUCGAACUCGCUACUGCAGGCAAGCUCCGUGCCACCCCACACUGUGUGCGGGUUGGCGCCGCUCCUGACGCAGAGAAGAUCUCCCGCGAGACGUUUGCGCUCUUCAUGCAGCCGAACGUUGACCAGCAGCUCUCUGCAUCGGAGAAUUUCGGGCAGUUCAGCAAGCGCAUCUUCAACGAGCACUACAAGGACGAGUCCGCCGGAGCAGCUAUGUGA